AUGCAUAAUCUAGGGCAAGAGAUACGUGAAGCUGGCUUCGAAGCUGAAAAUGCAAGUGAAGAUUAUGCUGAAUUCAUUGAUAAUUUGCGAGGGCUGGGGAUAUCCUACCAUUUUGAGAAUGAAAUUAAGCGAAUCUUCUCUGUGAUUAACAUAAAAUAUAGUAAAAAUGAUCAAGAUUCAAAUAUUAAGGAUUUAUAUGCUCCAGCUCUGGAAUUCAGACUACUAAGACAACAUGGCUUUAAUGUCUCUGAAGAGAUAUUUGAUAGUUUCAAGAAUGAGAAGGGUGAGUUCAAGUCGAGGCUUUGUGAUGAUAUAGAGGGAUUGCUAUAA